AUGAAGAAAAACGUGAAACUCUUGCUCUUCUUCUUCUCCAUCUCCCUCUUUCUGAUCGCCGCAUCCGCACAGGAACACGAAGGCCAUUCGCACUCCGGUAAACCGAAGUGCGAAUGCUCACACGACGACGACCAUGAAAACAAAGCCGGAGCUCAGAAAUACAAAAUCGCCGCCAUUCCUUGUGUUCUAAUCGCAGGCGUGAUCGGAGUUCUUUUCCCUCUCUUAGGCAAAGUCUUCCCUUCUCUGCGUCCUGAAACAUCUUUCUUCUUCAUCACGAAAGCUUUCGCCGCAGGCGUAAUCCUCUCUACCGGAUUCAUGCACGUCUUGCCUGAGGCCUACGUGAUGCUUAAUUCGCCGUGCCUGACGUCAGAAGCCUGGGAAUUUCCGUUCACCGGAUUUAUCGCCAUGGUCGCUGCGAUCUUGACGCUAUCCGUCGAUACGUUUGCCACUUCAAGUUUUUAUAAAUCGCAUUGUAAAGCUUCAAAGACGAUCACUGAUGGAGAAUCCGGCGAGCCCUCCAUCGUCUCCGACAAGGUCCAAGACAAGGUCCAAAUUCUUCGGACAAGAGUUAUUGCACAGGUUUUGGAGUUGGGAAUAAUAGUACACUCCGUGGUAAUAGGAAUAUCACUUGGAGCUUCACAGAGCCCAGAAGCUGCAAAAGCUCUCUUUAUUGCCUUAAUGUUUCAUCAGUGCUUCGAAGGUCUUGGCCUUGGUGGUUGUAUUGCUCAGGGAAAAUUCAAGUGCUUGUCAGUGACAAUAAUGUCGACGUUCUUCGCAUUAACGACUCCGAUAGGUAUCGCUGUGGGAAUGGGAAUAGCGAAUACUUACGAUGAAUCUUCUCCAACGGCUCUGAUCGUUCAAGGAGUAUUGAACGCUGCAUCCGCAGGUAUUCUCAUUUACAUGUCUCUGGUGGACCUUCUCGCAGCAGAUUUCAUGCACCCUAAGAUGCAGUCCAACACUGGGCUUCAAAUCAUGGCCCAUAUUGCUCUCCUUCUUGGUGCUGGCCUCAUGUCUAUAUUAGCCAAAUGGGCUUGA